AUGAUUUCCUCGACGUGUGAAACAUUAACGUUCACGGUUAGAAGGAAAGAUCCAGAACUGAUAUCCCCAUCAAAACCAACACCUCAUGAACUUAAGUUUCUCUCAGAUAUCGAUGAACGUCUUCGUUUUCACACACCAGUUAUUCAAUUCUAUCGUAACAAUGGAAAUGAUGACAACAUUGUUAUAGAAUGUAGAACAUCAGACCCAGUCGAUGUCAUCAGAAAAGCCAUAGCUGAUGCACUUGUCUUUUACUACCCAUUUGCUGGGAGGGUACGAGAAACACCUUAUGGGGGAAAGUUAGUUGUAGAAUGCAUAGGUGAAGGUGUCAUGUUCAUCGAGGCGGAUGCUGAUAUUCGUCUUGACCAGUUCAUCUGCAUGGAUGCAUUGAAACCUCCAUUUCCAUGCUCGGAUGAGCUCCUUUAUAUUGCCCCUGGUUCAGGAGAUGUAAUUAACUGCCCUCUCUUACUGAUUCAGGUGACUCGGCUUUUAUGUGGAGGAUUCAUUCUAGCCCUUCGUCUCAACCACGUUAUCAGCGACGCUCAAGGCUUACACCAGUUGAUGGUUGCAAUUGGUGAAAUUGCUCGUGGCUCUGGAUCCCCAUCUGUGCUCCCUGUUUGGAAGAGAGAACUCCUAAACUCUCAUGAGCCAUUAUCAAUACCCAACAGAGAUUAUGAUCUUGUACAUGAAUCUAGAAUUGUUUCUCUUCCUUUCGAUCAAAACCAAAGAGUCCAGCAUACCUUCUUCUUUGGACAGCAAGAGAUGACAUCUAUAAAGAAACUCCUACCUCCUCAUCUUCGUACUUGUUCGGAUUUCGAAAUCCUCACAGCAUGUCUAUGGAAAUGUCGAACUACAGCAUUCAAUCUUGAUUCCAAAGAAGAUGUUCGUCUCUUUUAUACUGUGAACGGACGUGGAAAAGACCGCCUAAAUUUGCCAGUAGGAUUUUAUGGUAACGCAUUAUUUUACGGGAUGGCAUUCUCAACGGCAGAGAAGUUGUGUAAAAACCCACUUGGAUACACAUUGGAUUUGGUUAUAGAAUCUAAGAAAAAACUUCUCAAUACAGAAACUGUAGGUGAUGGAAACGCAACAAUGAAGAAGAAAAUGUUUAGGUCAUGGAUAGCUUUUAUGACUAACUAUGCUUUGGCAGGGAGUCACUACUUUGUUACAGAUGCCACAAGGGCAAGACUUGCGGAAGUGGAUUAUGGAUGGGGAAAAGCUGUAUAUGGUGGGAUUAUGAAAGCAAAUUCUCUUCCAAACCCUGAAGAGAGAUGCUUUUACAUCCCUUUCGAAAACAGCAAAGGAGAAUAUGGUAUUCUUGUGCCUCUUUCUUUCCCACUGGAAUGCAUGAAGAAGUUUGUGAUCGAGGUUGGAAUGAUGGCUAUUCAACCACCUGGUAGGGGCUGUAAUCAAUCUCAGACAUUUAAAAAACUGAUUGCUUCUGCACUUUAA